AUGCAACAAUUAUUUUCUCACUAUGAACAAGACUUUAAUCAAGUUUGCGAAAAGAUUAAAACAAGUCUUCCAAGAUAUAGAGACGAAUCAAUCUCACAUGACGAAAGAAUACUAUUGAUUGAAGAAAUUGAAAAUGAUUUGGAAGAGGCAAAAGCAAUCAUUCAACAAUUAGAAUUUAGUAGUCAAAACUCUGGAAUCAAUGUUAAACCAAAGAUAACAUCAUUUAAUAAUGCAAUUAGAGAAUUUAUUAAAGAAUUGGAAAGUUUAACUGGACAGGAAUCAAAUGCUGGUAAAAAGAAAGUGGAGCCAGAUGAAAAGAUACAGUUUGAUAAUAUUACCAUCAAUAAUUUGGAUCAUUAUACAGUGGAAGAAGAUUUAAAUGAUCUUCGAGAGAUUAUGGAGUAUGAAGAUGACACAGAACAUGCUAGUUUUACAAGAUUUUUAAAAAAGAACAAGAUAAAGGUUGCCAUAUCUUUUGGUAUAGCUAUAUUAAUUACUAUUAUAAUUAUUGUUUUAUUAAAAGUAAAUCAAUAA